UGAAUGCAGAGCUGUUGCUCCCUCUUAACAGAAUGGGCCAAGCUGCUACCCUGCCUUGCAGGAGGGGAGAGUCUUAUGUUACGGAGCUGUACGAAUGGUUCAGAAAGUUUAUUAAUGAAUGUCCAAGUGGUCUGAUCACUCUUCAUGAGUUUCAAAGGCAUUUCUGCAACGGAACAGUGGGCAGUGAGUCAGCUGAGUAUGCAGAGCAGAUAUUCCGCACACUGGACACUAAUGGAGAUGGGGUGGUUGAUUUCAGAGAGUAUGUCAUGGCCAUCAGCAUGCUUAUUGAAGGUUCGGCUGUGGAGAAGCUGCACUGGUCAUUCAAGCUCUAUGACAAAGACCGAGACGGUGCCAUUACAAAGGAGGAAAUGCUGGAGAUCAUGCAGGCGGUUUAUAAAAUGAGUGUAGCCGCUGCUUUGACCAAACCAAACCCACUCACAGCUGAAGAAUGUACCAACAGGAUAUUUGUGAGAUUAGAUAAAGACAAUAAUGCCAUCAUCAGUCUAGAGGAGUUCAUAGAGGGAGCGCUGGAUGAUGAUUGGAUCAGAGAGAUGCUGGAAUGUGACCCCAGUACCGUGAAGGUGGAGAGGCCCCUGAGGAGGGACACCGCUUUGGGGACCCAUGGUUGACCUGAAAUGGAGUAUUCUGUUCACUGGGUGCAAAGAAAUUGUAGUCAUUGCAGCAACAGUUUCCAUUUAAUGCGACAAAUUAUAUCAAUGUCUGUUGAGUAACUGCAAGGUAGACAAAGGAGAGCACUAGGAAAUGCUUGCUUGUAAUAUUCAUAAAGGAAUCAUUUCUGCCUUGUUUUAUUUUGAAAUA